AUGCCGAAUCUGGUCCCUCCCUUGACUGAAGUUGACAGAGUCCUCGAUUACCAGACCAAGCUCCGUGCCAUUGCACCAAACGUCCACUUUCUCAUGUCCCUCUACCUUCAUCCCUCAGUCACGCCAGAGACGAUAGAGAAAGCAGCAGAGGCUGGAAUCACGGGUGUCAAGCUGUAUCCCCAGGGCGGAACAACCAAUUCUGAGCAUGGAGUGGCCAACGUCGAGGCCUUUUACGAUACCUUUGCCAGCAUGGAGAAGCAUGACAUGGUGCUCAACCUGCACGGGGAGGUCCUCGAGGCUAUGGCCCCCGAGGGCAUGACGUUGGAAGAGGCGUUUCUGCCGACGCUCAAGAAGCUCCAUGACAGGUUCCCCAACCUGCGCAUUGUGCUCGAGCACUGCACCACGGCUGCAGCAGUCGAAGCAGUCAAGGCCUGUGGACCCAAUGUUGGAGCGACCAUCACUGCGCAUCACCUGUACCUGACCGAGCACGAAGCCUGCUGCGACCCCUUUGCCUUUUGCAAGCCCAUCCCCAAGAAGCCCACCGACAGGGACGCCCUGCUCAAGGCCGUCGUCAGCGGCAAUCCCAAAUUCUUCUUCGGAAGUGACAGCGCCCCCCAUCCCCUGACCUCAAAGACAUCGGCGGCCCAGGGCAAGGCCCCGGCCGGUGUCUUCACGCAGCCGUACGUGACCCAGCUCGUGCUCCUGGCGCUGGAGGAAGGCAUCGAGCGCGGCGUCAUCAGCGAGGACGACGUCACGCAGGACAAGAUUGAGGGGUUCCUCAGCAGAUUCGGCAGGCGCUUCUACAAGCUGCCCGAGACUUCUGGCAACAGGAUCAUCCUGGAGAGGAAGGGGGAGAAGAUCUUGCCCAGCGUUAAGAGUGAGAGCGGAGAGGUGGAGGUUGGCAUCUCGAGGGCGGGGACUGAGGUGUUUAGUUUGACGUGGGUUAGGGCUGCGUAG